UUUCCCGCGCCAUAAUUCCAGUCCCGCGCCAUCUCCUCAUUGAAGCCGUCGCCGUGCGCAGACGACAGACUGCGCGACUUUUUUUGCAGUCCCAUCGCCGUGAGAACCACCGCUAGAGGCCAUGGGCGUGUCCAGCCCGAAGCGCGCGGAACGGAGCGACGCAGCGGGCUCAGAGUCCGACGUACAGACCACAGACAGACCACAGAAUGCCACAGAGACCGCAGAGACGCAGCCAGAGCCAGAGCCGGAGAUGGAGAUGAAGCAGCAGCAGGCACAGACACCGGACGAGGCGCUCAGCGUCAUUUCCAGCGACGUGUCGCCUCAUGAUAGCGAUUUCGACUUCUUACAGCUCAAUUCGGACAGUGAACUCUCGCUCCUCACGCCGUCUCCUCAUCGCCGCAGCUUUGCAGGUCGCUCUCUGGACGUGGAGAUGGUAGCAGGACCUCUAGCGUCCCCACCGUUGUCAUCACGGUCCAGCAUCGCGUGUUCUCCUUCAAGAUUCUUUAAAUCGCCACUGGUGACGAGUAAUAGACCCACAGGGAAGGAGAAACGAACCGUAAAAACGCCGCAGCGACGCUCUAUUGUGCCUAUUAGAGUGGCGACGCCCAAGAGAUUGCAGGAGGCUAUUGAUUCUCUCAAUGAACAGGAAGAUAAGGAGCCUCCAGCUGAUAAAGUGAAGAGUAAGAGGAAGAUUUCGGCCUCUGCAACGCCUCCACGGACUCCAUCGCCAUCUUCAAGGCAAGAGCUGCUCUCUCGACGACUUAAGGAUGUAUUUGACCGCAUAGACGAUGGUGGGAUCGUUCGAGGAGCAAUGAAGUCAGCAGCUACUGACAGACAAGUGGAUACUGCGUCCUCAAUGCUCGAUGCGGACGACAUUCAGUGCGCCCCCAGUGGCCUCACGACCAGUCCAAGUGAGCACGACUCCUUCUUCUCCUUCGCCAACUCUCUCUCUCCACUCAUGCCAGCCGAGGAGUUCGAGAACAGCUUCAUGUCCGUGAGACUAUCGCCUCUCGUGUCGCUCUCGUCCUACGAACUGCCCAAAUUACUCCCACCAUUCCCAGACGAACGUGACAACAAAGAGACGAGUCCAUCCACAGGCGUCCACGACGGCAUUCCAUUGAUUCUCCAGACACCGAAGAACAGAGCAAAGAACAGUCGAGGCCUCUCAUCGGCCGGAUCAUUAGCAGGAGGCGGCAUUUCAGCCCCCGGUUCUGCCAAUGGAAUGGUCUCUCCCAAUCUGUUCAGUGAAUCCUUCCCGAACAUUCAGGCAUCGACUAGCGCAACGCCAGGCAAAGACGAACGGUCAAAGCUCGGUGGUCACAGUGUCAUGAAGAUGAAGCUCCACACGUCAUUCGGUGACUCUCCGUCGCUGCUGGACUCACAUCAUUCUCGCGAGAUCCAAGCCAUCAACAACAGCUUGAAGCGGAAGAAGUACAUUCGUCGUCGUAAAGUUGAGGAGAAGCGACAACAGGCUUCGUCUUCGAGCAAUGUGCAGCGCAAAUUGCUGCAAACACCAGUCAAGAUAGCUGCUUCCCCGCGUACUACUCGAUCACCGCUGCGUCCUUGGAACGGACAAACGCCUGAUGUUAAUCAGGUCAAGACUCCAACACCUCGAAAACUCGCUCCAAGCCAACAAAGCAGAAGAGCUGAUAGUGUGAAGGAUACGCCGCUAUCUCCACCAAUAGCGCGCAGAUUAAUCCCAGCGACGGAGCCAACACCAGCACCAGCUACUCCCGUCAACAAGAAGAAGCGGAAAGCAUCACAGUGCGUCUCGAUGCCUUCUGCGAUGGCCAACAUAUCAGGAUUCAAGGUACGCAAGUCUCCACUGGGCGUUCGACAGGCAGUAGCUCUUGCUAUCACACCUGCCAAGCAAAUCAAGCGAGAAGCAGCAGCUCUGAGCAAGUACACCAUGCUGACGCCGCAGUUAACUCCAGGUAGCUCCGUGUCUUCAUUCGACAGCAGUUUGCUGAAAACGCCUACGCCUAUAGGAGCAUCGACGCCCCUGACGAUGUCGUUGCAGUCAGCGUCCAAAGCGCCACUAGGUCCCGCAGUCAUGAUGAUUUCAGCUCAAGUUCCCAAGAAGGCUCCGUGCAACUGCAAGAAGUCCAAGUGUCUUAAACUCUACUGUGAGUGCUUUGCCAGUGGAGGAUACUGCGACGAAAGCUGCAAUUGUCUUGACUGCGCCAACACGACGGCAACAGAGGAAGUUCGACAACAAGCCAUCGCGUCAAGACUGGAGAAGAACCCGAAUGCGUUCAAGCCGAAGAUCGGAGCUACAUCUACCGUGGUCACAGUGACGCCAGGAGCUCGGAGGUUGUCGGUCGGGAGGCGCGUUUCAGCUGGAGCUUUCGUGUCACCACCAGGUCAAUUGAGUCUCCAGCGACAGCAGAUCUUGAAUGCAGGCAUGUCGACCACCAAGAUGCACAAGCACGGAUGUCAUUGCAAGAAAUCAGCGUGUCAAAAGAAGUACUGCGAGUGCUUCCAGGCCGGUGUACCUUGUGGAGAAAACUGCCGAUGCAUUGACUGUAAGAACCAGACACGGUGUGUGGCUCAUGCGAAUGGUGUAGCAACUGCGGGAUCAGUUGUAAGCGGCACUCCAUCUAGCGAACUUGAUGAGACCUUUGUAUCGCCAGUUCUUCAGGGUGUCCGCAAGCGGAUGCGUAUCGAUCGUGAGACUUGGAAGAAGGACUUUUCUUCACCAUUUGAGGCCUCUCCAGGACGUGAACGGCUAUUGCAGUCGAGGCUACUUGCAUCCAGAAGUGUCGGUGGAACUCCGAGCGUUCGGGUGAGGGCAAUGCCGUUCACUUCACCAUCUACGCCUCAAGUUACGAGUCGAACUGGUGCCAAACGAGCCCGUAAGAUGUCACCGAUCAGAGGAGAAGAUGACGAACAGCGAAGUGGCACGUUAUUGUUGAAGGUACGAGAGUUAAAGCAGUUUGCUUUUGACAAGACAAGCACCAGCGUUGGGAAAGCUGCGCUGUCAGCUGUCGUUCGAUCAACGAGUGGAGCCGAACGCGUCUACGUGUUGCCAUUGUUUGGAUCAAGCCUCCCUCCUAUAGAGAGCGGCGUCAGUGCCAAAAUCUUCCGCUUCCUCACGAAUGCUGACCUGCACAACGCGAGCUUAGUGAGUCACCUCUGGAACCAAUUUGCACUUGGCGACACUGUCUGGGAUCACGCCAACUUGAUCCCAACAGAAGCGAGCGUCAAUACCGCUCUCCGUUCACGACAAAUGACACUGAAAACGCCUGUGGAGUGCGAAUCGACGACAAUCAAGUGUGAGCCGAACCUUGCAGUGCUCUCGGCUCUGAGGUAAGUACAGGAUUAGGAAAACAGUGAGGAUAAUUAUGAGCUUGUAGUAGGAUAGUAACACAGAUAGGAAUUUUAUUAGUCGCGCAGACAAGCAGCGAGCCAAGUGAAAAUGUGUUGAAGACGUCUGGUAUUGUGUCUUAAGCUCAUGGUGACAGCUUGGGCAUGCGGCGUGGAUUGUCCAG